ACCGGAACCUGGGAUUACAAAGCAAAGGGAAGAGGAACCUGCGCAGGGUUUCCUUCCCUCUUCUCCACCAUCCUCUUCAGGCCUAAGCUCGAGCUAGUUGCCCACCGGCCUAGCAUCGCUUUCACUAUGGCCCUCAGCGAUGCUGACGUGCAAAAGCAGAUUAAGCAUAUGAUGGCUUUUAUUGAACAAGAAGCCAAUGAAAAAGCAGAAGAAAUAGAUGCAAAAGCAGAAGAAGAGUUCAACAUUGAGAAAGGUCGUCUUGUGCAAACCCAAAGACUGAAGAUCAUGGAAUACUAUGAGAAGAAAGAAAAGCAGAUAGAGCAGCAGAAAAAAAUUCAGAUGUCCAAUAUGAUGAAUCAAGCAAGACUCAAAGUCCUCAGAGCGAGAGAUGAUCUUGUUACAGACCUACUACAUGAAGCAAAACAGAGACUCGGCAAGGUGGUGAAAGAUACAACUAGAUACCAAGUGCUGCUGGAUGGACUGGUCCUCCAGGGUUUGUACCAGUUGUUGGAGCCCCGGAUGAUUGUUUGUUGCCGGAAACAGGAUUUCCCUCUGGUAAAGGCUGCAGUGCAAAAAGCAAUCCCUAUGUACAAAAUCGCCACCAAUAAAGAUGUUGAUGUCCAAAUUGAUCAGGAGGUCUACCUACCUGAGGAGAUAGCUGGUGGAGUUGAGAUCUAUAAUGGGGAUCGUAAAAUAAAAGUUUCCAAUACCCUAGAAAGCCGACUGGAUCUCAUAGCUCAGCAGAUGAUGCCAGAAGUACGAGGAGCCUUGUUUGGUGCAAAUGCCAACAGGAAGUUUUUGGACUAAGCCUUUGGGAGGUGGAAUUCAUGCACUGCUAUGAUGUAGAAGUUUCUGAUAUUUGAAGAAACAAGAUGAUCUAUGUAGCUUCCUCUUUGCUGUUCUAAUACUCUGUAUUUACUCGUGGAUAUCUUUCUAUACUAAUGCUCUUAGCCUAAUUGUUAACAAUGGGAGAAAGUUUCCUUUAAUAUGAUCAGGAAACCUACUUCUAGCUUAUCUAAAAGUAACACAACUUUCAGUUGGUUCUGCAGCAUGAAGGUGAAGAAAUCAGGUAGUUGUUGCAUGGACUUUAUCCAAACUUGUGAUCUUCCUCUGCUUCUAGUUAUCUAGUCUAGAGGUUAUGAGUAUGGUAUGCUCUGCUGGUAAGUCUCUGCUCUUUAGGUUUAACAUACAUGUGGGGCAUGCAUUCCUUCCAGCAGUAGUAGCUUCACUGUCACCUGUUUGGGCUUAGAAAUGUUCCUUAUCUAUACAUGUGAUUUAAAAUCUAAGCCAUGAUGCUUUAUUUAUUAAAACAAAACGUUUAAGUGAAUUUAAUUGUAGUUUAUUAUGCAAGACACUCUAAGUGUGUGGUUUGAGAGAGUAAAAUUCUUAGUGUGGUUAUCUAAAAAAGACACCAUUAUCCAAAUUUCGGUAGCAUUUGCUGGUUGAUAUCUGUUGGUACUUGAAACCAUUAAGCCUCCCUGGGUCCUAUGGCACUUUCUGCUCAUUUUUACCAGAUCCUCACUCAGAAAUGUUCCUUUUAUGUUCCUUUCAGCCCCUUAUAGUCUUCCACACUUACACAUAAGGUGUUCAGUAUUAUCUGUCCUCUAGAGGGCUUGACAGCUUUAUUGAGGAAAUAGUUUUACUAGCUUUGGCAGUGUCAGAAAAGAAACUAAGGUGUGUGGGGGUUUUUUUGCAAGGGGAAGAGGGGUGUUUAACUGUGUGUUAAGCCUAAACACUUUUCUUCCUCCCACUCAUUUUCAUGCCAGUUUUGAAAUGGACACAGAAAGGUAGAAGACAGACUAUUCAUCACAGCCUGUCUGCUUCCUUUGCUAGUUAUAAGACGAGAUUAUAACUAGUUCAACUGUAUUUCAGACAGUGUUCCAUGGACAUCCUAUAUAAUAAAAGCCUAAUGUGCUAAGUG